AUGUCAAAAGAGAUAGUAUUCAUCUGUCGUAUGGUGAAUAGACGUAGUUAUCACGUGCCUAUACCACGUGCUUGGAUUCAGGCGUUAAGCGAUGGCACGGAGCAUAGGACCAGAUUGGAGAGGGGCGGCAGCGGCGGAGGGGUAAGAGAGGCCAGGAUAGGGCCCCCCCGCGACGGGCGACAGGGCGGCAGAUGCACGGCAAUGGGCGACGAAACACGGCUAGGGUGA